UGAGUGGAUUCGCAGCACUUUGGAACAUGGGACAAAGGUGGACAAAGGUGUUUACCAUUCGCUGGAUCUAUCUACACAUUUGAUCUGUGCUGAUAAUUGAUUAUACAAAAGUGACGUUACUGUUACAAACAUUGAUAUUCGGAGUAGCGACUGGUAUUGUGGAUGAUUAGUUCAGUGUGAUGCAAAUCUAUACGGAAGCGACAGUGCACAGUGAAUCAUCAAUGAGUAUGCAGAAGACAAUGACUGUGAACAAGGAUUUGCAAUAUGAACGGGAACGGUGCACGUUUGAUCCGUUGGAAUUAACUCAUCUUCUCGACGGUGGCCUCGAGAAGACUCAACGUCGUCGUGAACGAGAACAAUUUUUCCUGGACGAUCCAGACCUACAGGAUAAUGUGCCAGUCAAAUAUAAGAGCCACAAGGAAGUAUAUGAAGAUGGAGUGCGUAAAGCAUGUAAGGUUUUGCAGAAGGUACGAGAACUGCAAGAGCAAGGAAAAGCUGGCAUGGAUGUUUUUACGCAUAUUUUAGGAGGAAUGUUUGGCUCUGGUAUUUUGAAAGAUGGAAAUCCACUAGUGGUUCAUUAUGCCAUGUUUCUCCCAGCGAUUAUGGGUCAAGGAACCCCAAAACAGCAAGAGUACUGGAUAUCCAAAUCUUGGGGUGGCAAUAUUAUUGGAACUUAUGCUCAGACUGAACUGGGUCAUGGUACUUUCAUUAGAGGUUUAGAAACAACAGCAACGUAUGAUCCUCAAACAAAAGAGUUUAUACUAAACAGCCCUACUUUAACAUCCUAUAAAUGGUGGCCUGGUGGCUUGGGUCAUACAGCAAAUUAUGCUGUGGUUGUUGCACAGUUGUAUACAAAAGGAGAAUGUAGAGGAAUCCACCCUUUUAUUGUACAAUUAAGACACGAAGAUACACACGAACCGUUACCAGGCAUUAAAAUUGGAGAAAUUGGUACCAAGUUGGGAAUGAACGCGACAAACAAUGGCUUCCUCGGAUUCCACAAUUUCAGAAUACCACGCGAGAACAUGCUCAUGAAAAACACUCAGGUACUUGAAGAUGGAACGUACGUGAGAGCGUUAAAUGACAAAUUGACCUAUGGCACGAUGAUGUUCGUUCGUGUAGUUCUGGUUCAUGACAUUGCAAGUUAUUUAUCGAAAGCCGUUACGAUCGCGACUAGAUAUAGCGCAGUACGACGUCAGAGUCAAAUAAAUACCGAGGAACCCGAGGCACAAAUUAUUAACUAUGUAACACAACAGUACAAAAUUUUCCCGAACCUUGCUGCGUGCUUUGCCUUCCGAAUGUCCGCGGAUUGGAUUUGGAACAUGUACAAUAACGUCACAGCCGAAUUAGAUCAGGGCGAAUUGGACAGACUGCCCGAGCUGCAUGCAUUGUCGUGUUGCUUGAAGGCAGUGGCAUCCUCAGACGCAGCAACCGGAGUAGAACAAGUACGAUUGGCUUGUGGUGGUCAUGGAUACAUGGACGCCAGCAAUCUUCCAGCGACUUAUGGCUUAGUCACUGCUAUCUGUACCUAUGAAGGGGAGAACACUGUUCUAUUGCUACAAACAGCUAGAUAUUUAGUUAAAGCUUGGAAACUAGCUGUCAGCGGCCAGUCAUUACCGGACACCGUACAGUAUCUCACAAUUCUUACGGCGGGCGUCAAACAACAUCCAUGGAAGAAUAGUGUGAAUUGCAUUAUUAAGGCUCAUCAGGCAGUGGCUGCAGGAAAGAUUCGUUUGGCGACAGAGAAUAUGGACCGUAGAAUACGCAGUGGAGUAUCGGCUGAAGACGCGUGGAACCAAACGAGUAUCGAAUUGGCUCGUUGCGCGGAGGCUCACUGCAGAGCGUUCAUAGUGAUGAGAUUUGUACAAUCGGUUCAAGAAAUUACCUCGGUGUCUAAAGAAUUGCGUGACGUCAUGCAGCAACUUUGUGAACUGUAUGCUGUAUACUGGGUGUUGCAGAGACUCGGUGACUUCCUUCAAUUCUCCCCGUUGAGAAAUAAGGAUGUCCCGGCACUUCAAGCGCGACUGGAAGAAUUAUUAAUGGCCAUCCGUCCAAACGCUGUCGGAAUCGUUGACGGUUUCGAUAUUCGUGAUGAAAUCCUUGGAUCGGCUCUGGGAGCUUAUGACGGCAAUGUCUAUGAGCGAUUGUUUGCAGAAGCAAUGAAGAGUCCUUUGAAUCAGAAGAGUGUGAACGAGUCUUUUGAAAAAUAUUUGAAACCGUUCCUUAAGAGCAACUUGUAA